AGACUGGAUCAUUCAACGGUUUGAUCAUUCUUAAAAAAAACAAAGUAACAGGUGAAAAUAAAAAUAAAUAAAUAUGCCGUUAAUAACUGGCAUAUUAAAAUCAAUUCAAUUAUAUUUUUUGGUCAUAUUAUUUACUUGUUUUAUCAACAAUGUUAGUUUGUCAAAUGCUGAAUCAGUAGCUUAUCCAAAAAUUGGAUAUCGCAGUGUUAUUGGAAAAGUAGAUGAUUAUAAAAAAUCAUGUAUACCUUGCAAUUUUUUGGAUAACUCAUUGAAAAGUAUCAAAUUAUUGAUGAAUGAUUUUGAAAAUUUAAAUACUCAACAUUGCAGUGAGUCAAAUUUAUCCAGUCGAAAAUCCAAUGCAGUGCUUCAAAAACAAGAGUUCAAGCCUGAAUUAAGAACUAGAGGUGGUGGAUAUGGACGUGGACAUGGACAUGGACGUUCAGGACAGGGAAUUGGACAUAUACUUGGACAUGGAUUUGGACCUCGUCGAUAUGAUCAAUAUGAUCCACCACCAAUUCAUCCUGAUGUUUUGUAUCGAAGGUAUAUAACAUCAACAAGACGACCAACAAGACCACCAGGAGGAAAAUAAUAUUAAUUAGAAAUAUAAAAUUUAAUUAAACAAGAAAUUUCUGUUUCUAAUUAUAAAAUUUUCAUUUUAAAUUCAUAAAAAAUAAAAUUAUUACUAUUUUAAACAAUAAAAUUAAUUUUUAUCAUAAAAAUAUUUUAUUAAUCAUUUGAAUUAUUAAUUUUAUUGCUUUUCUUAAUUCGAAAAAAAAUAAUAAAAAUAUCUGUAUCUUAUUUUUCGAUUAUCAAUUGAUACUUGCCUCUUUUUUCUUUUCGAAAUUUAAUCUGCAUGUUGGGUGGUGUAGUGUAUGUGUGUUGACACUUGUGUUAGAAAAAAAAAAAAAAUGUAAAUAAACAUGGCGACAUUGAGCAAGUUGCACUUUCUUGUGCCGGUAAAUAAAUAGUGUUUUAAUUAUUAAUUAAUACAAAAAAAGAGUCAUGAUAAAUUAUGACACAUGUAAUUUAAUAGCCUGGACAAUUAUCAUAAAUCCAAGAUGAUUGGUCGAAGAUGCGCAUUAUUUGCACUUGGUGGUCUUUUGUUACUUGUACUCACAGUUAAUAUUUACUUUGUUCGUAUGAUUGUUGAUAAUUCACUUGACAAUAAUAAUAAUAAUAAAUAUUAUACAAAAACAUUACCAAUAAUAAAUAUAAAAAAUGAUAAUACAAAAAUUAAAUUAAACAAUAGAUUAAAAAAUAAUAAUAGAAAAAUAAUAACAAAAGAAAUUGAAGAUAAAAUUAAAUCAGAAAUGCGUUUGCUACCAUCGAAAUUUUUUAAAAAGAAUAAUAAUUAUAUUUUAUUGAUUGAUAGAUUAUUGAAUGAAUUAAAAAUAAUGCCAAAUGUACAAAAAGACAUUUGGAGUAUACCAAAUAUAAAUUGGCCAGAUGCUCAUCAAUUAUUACCAGCAGCUGCACCAGAACUUGGCACAAUAUUAAAUGCAUUAAGAAAAAAAAAUAUAAUUAAAGUUGAUAAUUCAGGAGUUGGUACACAGUUAAAAUUAAUGUUGACAUUUGAAGGUGGUGUUAAAGCAUUAUUUAAACCACAAUGGUACACAAGAGAUGCUAUUUUAAAUGGUCCAGUUUAUUAUGGCAAAGAUAGACAUAAUGCUGAAAUUGUUGCAUUUCAUUUGUCAUCAUUACUUGGUCUACGACGUGUACCACUUACAGUCAUAAGAAAAUUAAAACUAAGUGAAAUAAAAAAUAUUGCAACUGAUAAAUUAAAACAAACAAUAUUUGAAUCAUCAAAUGAAACUUGUGUUUAUGGUACAUGUCAUUAUUGUUCAUCAAAUGAUUCAGUUUGUAGUAAAAAUGAUGAUCUAGAAGGUGCUGUUAUUUUAUGGCUACCAGAACAUCUUAAAUUAUCAAAACAUCGUAAUCCAUGGCAACGAACAUAUAAGAAAAAUAAAUAUGCACUCUGGGAGAGUGAUCAAAGUUAUUGUGAUAGAGUAAAAGAGGCAAAGACUUAUGCACCACAAUCAUCAAGUAGACUUUUAGAUUUAAUUGAUACAUCAAUAUUUGAUUUUUUAAUUGACAAUGGUGAUAGACAUCAUUAUGAAUUGAUGGAAGAUAAUUUUCAUAAUCCAGCUGUACUUUUAAUUGAUAAUGGCAAAAGUUUUGCUAAUCCAGAUGUUGAUCAUAUUGAUAUUCUUGCUCCACUUUAUCAGUGUUGCAUGAUUCAUAAAACAACUUGGGAUAGAUUGCAGUUAUUUGGAGGUGGUGCAUUGAGUGAAUCAUUGGGUAAACUUCUUGUUCAUGAAUCAACAAUGGCUGAUGUAUUGCCAUUGAUAACUGAUGAUCAUUUAAGUGCUAUGGACAGAAGAUUGUUGACUGUUUUUGCUGUUGUUGAAGCAUGCUUGAAAAAUAAUAAUUAUGCAUCGAAUGUUAUUCUAGAUCAUCGAUAAAUAUUUAGAUAAAUUUUAUAUAUUAUGUAGAUAAAUAAUUUAAAUGUUAAAUAGAAAAAUAAUAAAGAAAAAAAAUUGGAUAAUUAGUCAG